UAUGGAAAACAAAUGCAAGCCGCGAAUGAAUUUAUUUGCUGCCGACUGAAUUCACAUGUUUUGUUUUUCAAAAUUCGAGUCCAAUUAAGUUUCGAAAAAUUAUAAAUUUGCCACAAUGUUAAAUUUAUGUUUACAAGGUAGGCGUGUAAUGUACCGGUUUGGUGUGUUUAGCCAUUAUUACAGUCCAAUUAAACCAUUUUCGCAACAAGUUUGCAAUUGCAAUUAUAUAAAGUUCGUUAAUCACAGCAGAUCUAUCUCCUUAAUUAACAAUAAUAACCGUCCGGCUCUGAUUAAUUAUAAAAAUGGGGGUCAUUUAUAUUAUUCGAGUUCAAGUGGGGAUAAAAACAUUUCGAAUGAAAAGUCGAAGAGCCCAGCAGAUAAGGGAGGACCCUUUGCCGGACUUCUGGAAUUACCCAAAGAGAGUCGGCAAUUCCAAGGGGAUGAGGCGGACUGGAUCACGAUUUACCGAUUUCACAACAUCGUACUAGUCAGGGUAUUACAGCGCAUGAAAAUCUACCAAACGGUAUUUUCUUGUUUUAUCGCCCUUCCCAUCGGCUUCUUCUCAACUUUGACGGGAUACCUGUCCCCCGACGUGUUUAGCGUUAUUGGAUGUGGUUGUAUGGCAGCAUGUGCUAUGCUUUACAUCAUGGGAAACAUGGUCACUAAUCUGAUCGGAAUAAUGUACGUGACGGAUAAGGAUCCUGAGAUUGUCCGUAUCGCGCAUAUGAACUUCUGGGGAACCAGGGUUGACGAAAUUUAUCAAAAGACGGAUUUCGUCCCAUUCACCGACCUUCCCGACAACACUCUUGACGCGUAUGUGCAACUGAAACUGUACUCUGAUCCAGAAUAUGUUAUGAGGAUCACUGUUAAAUAUGGGACCAUUUAUGACAGCGAGAGAUUCUGUGAAAUAUUCGGAAAUCCUCCAGAAAUUCCGGUUUUAAGCGAGAAGAAAAGUAAAAGCUAGUCGGUGAAUGGUAAAUUAGUUGUAAUUUAGUAAAUCGUCAUAUAUGCAAAAUAGUGACCUUCAAAAUCAAGUGUUAUCGUUGACUUAAGUACCUUUGUUUAGAUUUUUAUUGCAACUUCUGCAUUUAUUCAGAAGAUUUGUUAAACAUUUUAACCUGGAUUAAAAAUUCAACUCAAUACUUUUUAAA